CAUCGUCAUGCAUCGCACAGCUGCGGAAACGCCUGCUCGUCCGUGAAGGAUACUUAAGCGUGAUCAGCAGCCACUAUAAAACUUUCAACCGUAUUCUUCAUUCUUAAAGCAAGAUUUCGACAGGGAGUCUUUUUUCGGCACAACACUUGCAUCUGUACUUUAGUGGUAACUAAAAUAGAAGAAAUUGUCAUUAUACUCUAUCUUAACAGAUAACAUGCUUUAUCAAGAAAAAAGGGAGGACUUUCUCUCAAAGUUAAAACCAGAUCUGAGAAAUGGACUUCGUCAUCUCACUGAUAUGUCUGAGUUGUUGCUUACACUUAAAGGUUCCCAAACAAGGAGUUGCACUGUGAUCAAAAAUAUAAAAAAUGCGGUGCAGUGUUUAAAGAGAUCUGAAAACCUUGCCAAUCGGGAACUAAAGAGAGUGGAUGAGUGCACUGAGCAGCUGACACUUAGGAAAGGGAAGCUAGAGUCUGAGUGUACAGACUUUAAGGCUAAAAUGGAUGACCUGAAGAUUGAACAUAAAGCUGCAGAAGACAACUUGAAAGUUCGUAAGGAAGCUCUUGAUAGAGCUGAGGAGAACAUGAAGUCCUCCCAAAGGUGUCUGGAUAACUGGAGGGAAAAAGAAAGGGAAAGUGAAAUUAAAAGGAAUAUUGGAAUUGGGAUUACAGUAAUUCCCAUAGUUGGAUGGAUCACAGGUCCUAUCAUAGCUAUAGCUGCUCAAGAUGACAUGGAAAGAGCUGACAGAAAUGCCAGGCGAGCACGAGAAGAGAGGGACAACUUUAAAUCCUUGGUUGAUUCCUGUACUGAAGAGUUGGACAUAAAAAAGAAAGAGAAACAAAAAACUGAAAGCAAUAUUUCCUUUUGUAAGAACAAGAUCCUCCAGAUUAAAAAUCAACUGGAAGAGGUGAAGAGUAGGCGAAUAGAAGUAUCAGAUUUUCAGAUGGCGCUAAGAAAGGCAGUAAACAUUUUGGGCAUCCUUUCUGGUAAAGUUGAAGUUGCCAAGAUGGUGAGCUUUUCUAAAGUAAUUCUGCUUAAGCCAUUGCUCAAUGUGAUGACUGAGAUUGUGGACCUUUUGUUUAAAACUGAAGAUGAUAAGAAUUUCCUGAUGCAAGAACCUGACAUCAAGAAGGCUGUUGAACAACUGGAGAAUACCACUCAGAGAGUUUCAGCCAUCACGGACCAGCACAGUGCCCUGGAGGACCAGUUUUGUUAAGUGAGUGUGUGUUCAUCUACUGGAAACCCAGACCAAGAUCCAACAUGUUUAAACCAAACAUUUAAUCUAUUUGAUAUGGGUUUAAUAUCAUGAGCAAUUGCAUGAGCAUGAUUUAAUUUUACAGUCAAACCUUUAGAUUUAUUGGUUGCAGGUCAGGAUGUGAAGUUUAUUUCAGCAAAUAUGACCAAAAGUGUGUCUCAACAUUACCUACCCUGCCUUUAGCAUUUAUAAAUGCUGUAGGCCUACUUGUAGUUCUGAAUGGAACGUGCAUUACUGCUGUCAUUAUGAGGGGAAUUUUGUGUCAAUAUUAUUGUAGGUAACAGUGUAACCAUAUUUAAUUUAACAUACAUCUUGUGUACCAUGAUUUGUAAAAAAAAUCAAAGACUUUCAAUAUAAUUACCAUCCACUUGUAUUGGCAUGUACAGUAUGUGUAAACCAACCAAAAUCGUGUAAGGCUAGUUGCUCCCUGAGUCUAGCUACUUAGCAUAAUAUUCACCCGCCUGUUUUUGUUGGCCAGCAGAGAGCAGCAACACAUAGUUUCUAAAAGACCAAUGCUAAACAGUAGAAACGGGAGAAACUGAUCACUAUCUGUCACAGUAUCAUAGUUGUCUGCCAAGAACAGUGAUCAGUUGAUUGGUCAACAGCCCUCAACAUCUGUAAGAGUCUUUUGUGUAGUCACGCAGUAUAUUAAAACAUGUUUUUCUUUAAUGUUCCAUUUCACUGUCAACUCUUCCAUUUUGAGUCCUCUAUCUUUCCUUUCCAGCAUGCUCCCCCUCCUCCACCAACCCUUUCAUAUGACACUGCUUCUUUAAACAUCCCUACCAGAUUUGGGUGCACCUGCUUGCUUACUUCAUGGGAAAAUCCACCAAAUUACACCUAUUAUUCCACUUGUAUACACACAUAACCACAAAGGAGGAGCUGCAUGUAACUAGGGUAUUCCUAUAACUUUUAUGCAUGAAACCUUGUAGAGAAUUGUAUGUGAUUGAAAGGGGAAGGAGGGAAAGAAGACAGGGGAGGAGAAGAGGGUGGGCUUGUGUAAGGGAAUGAGGAAGGGUGAUAGGCAAGGGAUGGUGAUCUGGGGAGAGGAGGGAAGGAGGGAGGGUUUGCUGAGGCAGGAAGUAUGUCUUUAGGCGGGGUAUGAACCGAGACAGGAAGUAGAGUUGCCUGCCCAAGGAAUUUAUCCCCUCCCACAGGAAAUACCAGGUCUGUAAUGGCUGAGGGUAAGAUUUAAAGAAUGGUAGGUGCUGCUACUCUAUAGGUAGUCCUCCAACCAGACAUACUGAAUUUUGCAGGGAUUCUUAAGUUGAAACCUUGGCAGGACAGAGGUUUAGCCCGGCACGGCUGUUAAGACUAUGGUGUUGUCACUCUGGUAUUCUGGGUGGGAUUCAAAGAGGUAAAACACUUUUAUCUCAAACUUUCCAUCCUUAUUUCUCCCGCUCCCUUGCUUUGUCUUUCACAUUAUUUUUCUCACCCAUAAGCACACGCUCACAGAUUUAUUCUGUUAUUUACAAACAAAUAAACUUUGGAGACAAUGAGACAAAAUGUUUCUUCUUUUUCAAACUACUAGUUUAGUUGACCUUCAAUGAUAAUGGAAUUAUAAACUACAACACAUCACAUACAAUGUAAUUUAACAUAGUGGGCCAUUCUCAAUCUCAUAUUGAAGUGGAGUUUUACAAUACGAGUCU